AUGAGUUUCUAAGGAUUUUUGGUUAAGAAAACUAUUCAGUAAUUCCCAAUUAGACAAAAGCCUGUUUAUUAUGAUGAUUUCACUGAUUAAAAUUUUGUUCUAUUUAUCAACAAAAAGCUAGCCGAUCUACGAUGUAUUGUAUGAAUGUAUUAGUUUAAAGUGGCAGCAACGAUUUAUCAGCUAAGCGAAUAAUGAACCUAAAGAUCAAAAUACCAAAAGAUAAGAAUACUGAAGGACACAAAAUAAAAAGGAAGGCUUCAUUAAAACAAAAGUCUUUUUCUGUAUAAAAAGACGAUUCGGAGAAAAAGUGUCGGUAUAAGUUUAGAUCUCCUCCAGUGAAACCUGAGGUUAGAUUGGCUUCCUAUUUAAAUGAUGAAUUACUUCGAUAGCAUUAAAUAAGUCCAUUGUAUUAGGAAUAUAAACUAGCCAAUUUGAAAGCUAACUUAGUAAAAUUGCAAGCCAAGAAAUCGUACUAAUUAAAUGAGUUAAAUCAUGUGGAAUUGGAAGAUGAAGAAUAAGUUAAAUAUUUUCUGACAGAGAUAUGUAGGAAUCAUCCAGAGAUUGAUGUAGGAAAACUGCUGAGUGUGGAUGUGGAGAAGAAAGAAUUAAAAUUAGAUAAUUAAGAACAAAUAUUAAAGGAAUUAGUUUAAAAGAGAAUCAAGUAAGAAGAAUUAGAAUAAUUAAUGAAGUUGGAACAAUAAUAUAAUUAAAAUUUAGUAAAUAUAUAUAAGGAGUCGAGAUAUGAUUAAUUUGAACCUGAAUUCAAGAAAUAAGGAUAGAUUAAUAUGUGUAAGAUAAAGAGAUAAAAAGAAAUCUAAGACAAAAUGUNUUUCUUCAUUACGCAUCAAUUAAUUUUAUUAUCGCCAGAAUAUUAAUGA